AUGGCAGAGCUGCUGCUCUUAAACUCAACCUGGACGAACGCGAGCGCGGACGCGGAGGCGAGCAACAGUGCGGUCCGCGCGGGUCUGGGCGCUGCGCUCGCGUUCAUUACGUGCGCCACCGCGCUGUCCAACGCUUUCGUCAUCGUGACGAUCUACAAAUCCCGGAAGUUGCAAACUCCUGCCAACCUGCUGAUCGCGUCCCUGGCCCUGACGGACCUACUGGUGUCGCUGCUGGUGAUGCCCGUGAGCGCGCUGUACACCGUGCGGCAGACGUGGACGCUGGGUCAGGUGACGUGUGACAUCUGGUUAUCCUCUGACAUCACCUGCUGCACCGCCUCCAUCCUACACCUGUGUGUAAUUGCGCUGGACCGUUACUGGGCCAUCACGGACGCCGUGGAGUACACCAAGAAGCGCACACGGCGGCGAGCAGCCGGGAUGAUCGUGACAGCGUGGGUCAUUGCCGUGUGCAUCUCUCUGCCGCCGCUGUUCUGGCGGCAGGAGAAGGCGGAGGAGGUGACCAGCUGCACGGUGAACACAGACCAUGUGUUCUACACCAUCUACUCCACGUUCGGAGCCUUCUACAUCCCCACGCUGCUGCUCAUGGCGCUGUACGGCCGCAUCUAUGUGGAGGCGCGCAGACGCAUCUUUAAGCAGAGCGAGCACAAAGCCAAGCGACUCAUUUCUGCACGCCUCAUCACAGACUCCCCAGGAUCUGUCGCCUCCUCCUCCUCCUUGACCCCUGACCCCUGCCCCUCCCCCUCCUGUUCACACGUGAAGGUGACUGUGUCGGACGCUCUGCUGGAGAAGAAGCGCAUGUGCGCGGCGCGAGAGCGAAAGGCCACUCAGACUUUGGGGGUGAUCCUGGGUGCCUACAUCGUCUGCUGGUUACCCUUCUUCAUCUACACGCUGCUCACGCCUGUCUGUCACUCCUGUUUCCAUAGCGACCUGUUCGACGCCUUCACCUGGCUGGGGUACCUCAACUCCCUCAUCAACCCCAUCAUCUACACCAUGAGCAAUGACGAGUUCAAGAGGGCCUUCCACAAGAUGCUGCGCUUCAGGUGCUGCAGGGGGCAGGGGUAA